CUUUUUGGCAAUACUUAGUACAGUGCUCUCUGGCGAUCCUCGUCGUGAAGUGCGCGGAAGAUGUAUGAUCGCAGAAUACAGGUUUUAUCGUAGCAUGAUCAUCAUGGAGCCAAAGCCAUCAGCCAAGGACAUUCAAGUAGAACAGCAAGCAGCUUGAUUGCGCUAAGUGUCAGUCAUCUUCAUCAAGGUCUUCUAUCUUGUUACCUUCGUGUAGCCUCUGAGCACUCUCAUCUUUCGAACGUCAAUCUCAGUUCUUUGCUCUUCUUGAGAGGACUACAGAAUGGCGGCUAUUACCGUUUCGACGGCGGAACCGCCACCAGGGCAGCAACAGCAACAGGCCCCGCAACAGGCCCCGGCGCAACAGCAGAUGGGACAACAACCACAAGUGAACAUUCAGGUCAUGGUAUCGUCUGUGAAAACGUCCCCGUCCUCCCAUAGUCAAGAUAGCAGUAUUGGUACGCAGGCCAUAGAAAAGUUGGCUGUUGCGCGUUACAGCUUUGUGUCUCUGUUGCUUGUAGUAAGGGAGUAGGUCGUAGUAUUACGGCAGUUGUAUUGAUGAGGCAGAUCACAGACCAUCUCAUGCUUUUGAUCUUGAUGCAAGCAUGAUAAGAUUCUCAGAUGGUAUGCAGUAGACAAUGCUCCUCAUUGGGCUACUGUGCGUGAGAAACUAAAAUUGUAGGCAUGCAGAUGUGCGAUAAAAAAUAUAUGGGGGGACGUUUUGUUCACUGUUCAUACAUGGCGCAGCCACAGCCAGAAACGAUGCAGGGGUAAUGCUAAAAAAUUAGGUUCCGACGGAAGCGGCACGUAGCACUUUCCCUUGAAACAUGUACAUGAUACCGUAAAUCGGAUCCGGUUGAUGGACCCCUUUUUGUUUAUCUUGUGCUAGUACGAAUGAAAAGACUUCAAAUUUCAAUAUUCAUUUCAGGUACGGAACUGCAACACAGUCUCUGGACCCUCUAGCGGAUCCUCGAUUGCCGGGGAUGCGGAUAGACUGGGUGCAAGGAACGGGCGUGUGCUGUACACCACCGGAGUUCGUCAUUUCUGCGGGCGACAAAGUGUCAAAGGGGUUUCAAAUGUUGAAGGGCGAGUGGCACGUGCCGGUCUGUGCGGGCGACUUGCAUUUCAAGGUGAGAUAGGUUGUACCUACUGGGGUAAUUAUAUCUGACACUGUUUCAACAUCUAUCUACACGAACUUUGGGCGAGGUCGACGUUGGCGCCAUGAACAAUGCAGUACCGUUUACGUCUUUUCUAGCACAGCACGAGGGAAGAUUUACAGAUUCAGGUUAUUUGCCUCUUUUUCGUUCUACUCUGCUGUAAUUUUUUUCCCUUCAACACACGGCAGAUCUUUACCAUGUCGGGGCAGCUGUACCUUUCGAAUGUACACAAACACGGGUGCUGUGAAGCCUGGUGGGACGUGGUCGCUCGCGGGCAGCACGUGGGGACCGGCAGAAUUGUACAGUCAGGCUGCUGCAGCCAGGAAUUUGAGCUCAAGGACGGUGCGGGAUAUCCAGAUGAAAACUGCUGGCGGAGCCACAUAAUAUCAUGAGGUCGGCCAACAAAUUGCAAUUCCUUCAUUUUCAGCUAGAUUUUGGAUGUAAAAACCACAGUGGAAAACAACUUUGGGUUUUCUGCAUGAUGAUGAUUCAAUACGAUAAUAGUGAUUUCGAGAAAAUUCCAACAAUUCUGCUGUAGUGGUACCAACUAGUUUUCUUUUGGAGACCCCGCGUGUAGCAUUCGCUAUCCCACCAGCGACGAGGCCGUGCUGCGACUUGGCUUCACCCUUCGAAUUCCAAGUCCUGGAGCCGAAAACGCGCACCUGUCUGGCGAGAGUAAAGUUUUUCCCUUUCUGCUUUCGAAGCCUUUGUUUUCAAUGCUGUAGGUACGGAGGUAUUAUGCUUCAAAGCUACAAACUAACAGUCACCCACAGAAGAAGAAUCAACGCUAUUUCAACGUGAAUCAAUAUCAACAAUGCUCUACAGAUCCACUUUCACCCCGCGGGCUGCUGCACCCCGGCAUACGUAACCAUCGACUUCGAGCAGGUACAGGGCUAAAUGCAUUUUUUGAUGAAAACGUAAGCCCUAAAUGUACUGUGGGACCUAUGCUCGUCUUUUCCUGAUCCCCACCUCCCUCCUCGUGUCCACCAAAAAAAACAGGUAACAAAUCCCUGGAUGCGUGUAUUACUGCUAUCGUUUGCGGCGACGCGAGCAACGUUCAUCGUUCAACAGUAGUGAGCAUGUGACUUUCACGUCGUGCUGCAUCUCGACGACGAGCCGGGAACGCAGAAGCGGCAGCCUAAAUUCUCCAGCUCUACUGCUUGCGGUGAAUUAGAUGCGCUGGCCUGGUGCACAGGUCUUUCUCGCACCAGAACAGCUCUCGCGAUUGGCGGUUCUAGUGACCAGGCCCAUACGGAACGAACAUACAUCUAAAGAUUGGCCUUGCCGGUGGUCUGUAACUUUUGGAAUUUGAUGUCCCCAGACCAGAAUGCAUUGCAUGGCGGUUUGUUUUUGAAUAAGAAAUGAACAGGUUUUUUCUAUCUUCCUUGGAUCAGAAGAAAGAAGAAAAAAUGUCUACAAGUGCCACACCAGCUGUACCACAUUUUUGUUUAUGAAUCUAUUCCACCAGAAUUUCACAGACUGCGCCGAAAUUUUGAUGAUACUACGUACAAGUGGAGAAUACAGAAUCGCGCCAGUACGCCUUUUUUUUGUUUAGAAUCCGAUCGGGAAAUUGAAAAAAAAAACGGGGAGUAAGCAAGCACUCCUGCAUCGGAAGG